GAUCCCAUUGUACCAGUCCACCCUCUGGAGAAAAACUUGGACCGCCCGAUUCCUACUGCCAAAUAAAAAGAGUUUUUUGUCGUAGCACUGCCCGUUCUUACUGCCUCAUUUGCCCAGUCAACAACCGUUCCCAAAAUGCUACUCACGCUGCUGUUACUCCAUUCUAAAGCUGCUGUAAAGUACCACACUUCACGCCUAUACACCCCCAACUAGACCUGGCAAACUCCACCUCUCUUUUUCUCUCUCUUUCUUCGUCAAAAUAACUUCUUUCUUACAGCUCCUAGCCCACACACAAUUUUUCAGCCAUCUCUGAUCUCUGUCACGCAGACUCGCAGCCAUCUAUCCAGUCGGCAGUCGCCCAUUUCGCCAUUUCUCCUUCACGCAGCCAUCCUGCACGCCGACGCCCAGCCAUUUCUCUCAAUCACAAAAUUUUGAGUUCUCUUGCUGCCAUCUCUGAUCUCUCUCACGCAGCUACCUCUUCAGAAAAAAUGGCGCCCAACAGAACCAGCAAGAGCUUGCCUAAAUUCUUCAAGGUCUUCAACCCAAGGCGGCGCGGCUCUGCCAGUUUGAAAAUCCCGGAUGCUUGGGUACAACACUUGAAUGCAUUACCAAAGAAUGUUGUACUUCAGAAUCAAAUCGGAAAAGUUUGGCAUAUGAAAAUGGAAUAUGCUGACAAUAGGUUAUAUUUUGCAAAUGGUUGGCAACAGUUUGUGAAAGACAAUUCUUUAGUGUAUGGAGAUUUUUUAGUUUUUCAAUACAAUGGUGAUGAUGGAUUUAAUGUUAAAAUAUGGGGGAAAUCUGGCUGUGAGAAGAAUGAAACUGGUCCUCAUGCGGGCAUUGAUAUAGAGGAGGAGGAAGAAGAGGAGGAGCACGAAAUUAUUGAUGUAGGUACUGAUUUUGAUGAUGGUCAUGGUAGUGACAGUGAAUAUAAUGUUGAAGAAGAGGAGGAGCAGGAGGAAAUGGAUGAAGAAGCAUCAGAAGGAACAGUUACAUUGAAGCAGAGAGGCAAAAGGAUUUGUGAAAAUGAUGGGGAAGGAUCCAAGAAAAGUGCCGGUGUUAGGGCAAGAACUUCUCGAGAACUUGACAAUGUUUUGACCAGAGAUGAAGUGAGAAAAUAUGUUCAUCGUCAAAAUCCCUACUUUGUGUCAAAGCAAAAACAAACUAGGAAAAGCCUACUGUUGGUUCCAUCUUAUGUCUUGAGAGAUUUUAGAAUUAAAUUAGCUGAAGAUGUAACCUUUCAUGAUGAGCUGGAGAGGGAAUGGCCUGGAAAGGUUAUGCGCUGGAAGGAUGGUCGAACCUGGAUUACAGGAUGGGGCUCAGUCUGCCGGUGGAACGAUGUGGAAAAAGAUGAUCUUUGCAUAUGUGAAUUUCCGGAAGCAGGUGGGACAAAGAAUAAUAUUUUGGUGCAUAUUAAACGAGGUGAUGGUUCACAGAGCCAACCCACCAACCAAGAACCAAAUCAGGCUGACCAGUGAAGUAGGGGGCUACUGUUUUGUUU